CGCCCGGUGGAGGGUAGUGUGUUGUGAAACAUUUAUGCCUUUCAUUCAGUGUCGUAAUGUUAAUUUCUUUUGUAUUAUGAAACUUUUUAUGUUUUUGUUAAAAAAUGUUUUAUCAUAUUAUGACCACGUCACGACGUUAGUGGUUCAAUGUGGUUUCUAAGUUAAAACAUGGUGCCAGUGCUUCUGUUGUAACUGCUGGAAAGAAGGGACACAUACAGUUCAAGAGCAAAUGUUUUCAUUGACUUGGUCGCGACUGUCUUGUUUGGCUCUGUCCAUCCGAGGACAGAGGACGCUGAGUCUGUUCUCCAGCUCCGGAUCCUCAAACUGGAGUAAAGUAGUCUCUGAUGCGGAGAAGAUCGUCGGGUAUCCUACCUCCUUCAUGAGCCUGCGGUGCCUCCUCAGUGAUGAACUCAGUAAUGUGGCCAUGCACGUCAGGAAGCUGGUCGGGACUCAACAUCCAUUACUCAAUACUGCGAGAGGGUUCGUCUAUGACAGCAAGAACAACCUUCAGAUGAGAGGAUUAAUCGUCCUUCUACUGUCUAAAGCUGCAGGGCCCAGCCACGCAGCCUGUGACCUUCUCACUCAGGACAUGGUCAGCGGCAUCUACCCCAGCCAGAGGAACCUGGCAGAAAUCACAGAGCUGAUUCACACUGCCUUCCUGGUGCAUCGUGGGAUUGUAAAUCUCAAGGAGUGGACGCUUUCAGACGGCCCGUUGAAAGACAUGGAGUUCGGGAAUAAAAUGGCCGUCCUCAGUGGCGACUUCUUGCUAGCGAACGCUUGUACUGGACUGGCCCAGCUCAACGACACUGAGGUUGUUGAACUGGUUUCCAGCGCCAUCGGGGAUCUAGUUCAAGGAAUCUACUAUGAGAAUUACAACACUACUGAGGAUGGCCUCACCGAUGGCGUCGACGUGGCGUCGUGGGAGGAGCAGACGUUCCUGUCCCACGGGGCGCUGCUGGCCAAGAGCUGUCAAGCUGCCAUGCAGCUCGCCAAACAUGACAAGGAGGCCCAAAGAGUGGCCUACAUGUACGGCAAACACCUGUCACUGGGCCAUAAGAUGAACUCUGACCUGCAGCCGUUUGUGAAAAGCGGGAUGGGUGAGCCAACGUCGUUCAGUUUGAGCGCCGCCCCGGUGGUUUUUCACCGUCAGAUCAUUGGCAAGGAGAGGUGGCAUCAGCUGCUGCAGCAGGCAAAAACUUUGAGGAAUCAGCUGGAUUACUCAAAGCUUUUGGCAGCAGUUAAGUCGGAGAAAGGCGUGAGCUCAGCAGUGGACUUGUGCUGUUACCAUAGCAACAAGGCGCUGGAGGCCAUCCAGGCUUUCCCCUCCUCUGAGGCUCGAUCCGCCUUGGAGAACAUCGCCUCCGCCAUCACAAAAUUUUAACCUGGACUCACACAGACACACACUCCACCGUGCAGCCUGGAGACUUCAGGAGUACGAAAGACACUUGACAGAUGGAUAGACUUAUUUUGAUCCAGAUGCUGGCUAAUGUCUGGAGAAACUGUGGAGGAUAGAGUGCAGCAGAAAUGCAAUAUCUAAAGAUGGUUGUCACUAAAUAAAAACACAUUUCUUCA